AGAAAGGCAGACGAAAUGAAGUCAAAGUGUCACUGAUUUUUGUUUCUGUCCCUGGAGAGAAGACUACUGUCCUAGAGUCACUCUGGCCCACAUAAGACCACCUGACAUGCAGAUAUAACUCCAAGGUAAUUAUGGAUCUGGUCAACUUGACUGAUUUGCUCAGUGUCUCUACUUUAGUAAGAAACAGCACUCACUUUCCAGUUCCUGCCUCGAAUGUGAUCAUUGCCUUUCUGCUGUGCACGUCAGUUAUAAUUGGUACCAUCACCAAUGGUCUCUACCUGUGGGUGCUAAAAUUCAAGAUGAAAAAGACUGUCAAUACGCUCUUAUUUUUUCAUCUCAUUCUCUCCUAUUUUAUUUCAACAUUGAUUCUACCAUUUAUAGCCACCACCUACCUUCAGGACAAUCACUGGAGCUUUGGAACUGCCAUGUGCAAGGUCUUCAAUGCCACUUUGUCGGCAGGGAUGUUGGCCUCUAUUUUCUUCCUCUCAGCCAUCAGCAUUGACCGUUACCUUCUCACUCUUCACCCAGUGUGGUCACAGCUUCACCGAACCCCACGCUGGGCUACCGGCAUCGUCCUGGGAAUCUGGCUGUCCGCCACUGCCCUCGCCAUGCCCUAUUUGGUUUUCAGAGAGACAAAGUAUGACCAUAAAGGAAGAGUGACCUGCCAAAAUAACUACGCUGCAUCUCCUAACUGGGAAAGCAAUAAGAUGCAGACAUUAGGGAAAAGGAUUCAUGUAGCCUGUUUCAUCAGCCGCUUCUUGCUGGGCUUCCUUCUGCCUUUCUUUAUCAUCACGGUUUGUUACAAAAGAGUAGCCAACAAGAUGAAAGAGAGGAGCCUGUUUAAAUCUAAUAAGCCGUUCAAAGUCAUGGUGACUGCCAUUCUCUCUUUCUUUGUGUGCUGGAUGCCCUACCAUGUACACCAGGGCUUACUUCUCACUGAGCAUCAAUCAGUACUUUUACAGGUGACUCAGCUACUUACAGUGAUAACCAUUUCUUUCAAUGCUCUCUUUUCUCCUACACUCUAUCUAUUUACUGGGGAGAACUUCAAAAAUGUUUUCAAGAAGUCCCUUCUUGCUCUGUUUGAGUCAACAUUCAGUGAGGAAUUUUUGGCAGAAAGGACACAAAACCUAAAUUCAGAAGCCUACGUUUAAAUUUUGGAUCCCAGAGGAAACAAUGGACCCGUAAUCAAUUACACCAUCAGAGAUAUACCCUCUGUUUUUAUAGAAUAUAAUCCCUGUAUUAGAGAGACAUCUAGGCUGUACCAUGGCUAGAUCCAUGACUAUGAAAAGGGCUGUAAGAAAGCAAGCAAUGGGUAAUGUUGCAAAUAUAAUUAUUCUUACUCUGUUUUUAUUGUGGUAAAAUAUAUAUAACAUAAAAUUUGCCAUUUUCACCAUUGUAAAAUGUACAUUUCAGUGGCAUUAACUACAUUCACAGUGUUUUGCAGGCACUAUCAUUUCUAAAACUUUUUAUUACCCUAAAGAGAUUAGUUCAUUGCAGCGAUUAACUAAUAACUCCUCAUAUCUCCCUCCCCACAACCCCUCAUAACUUCCAAUCUACUUUCAGUCUCUGAAUUUGCUAUUCUAGAUAUUCCAUGUAAGUGGAUGCAUACAUUUCUUAUUUUAUGUCUGGCCUACUUCACUUAACAUGAUGUUUUCAAGGUUCAGCCAUGUUGUAACCCAUACCAGAACUUUAUUCUUUAGGGUUAAAUAAUAGUCCAUUGUAUGUUUAUUCCACAGUGUGUUUUGUUUGUCCAUUCUUCUGUUAAGGGAUAUUUGGGUUGUUUCUACCUUCCGCUAUUGUGAAUAAUGCUACUGUGAACCCUGAUACACAAGCAUGUGUUUGAGUCCUUGUUUUCAAUUAUUUUGAAUUAUUUUGAAUUACUGAGUCAUAUGGCAAUUUUAUGUCUGAAUUUUUGAGGAACCAGCCACACUUUUCCACAGCAGUUGUACUAUGUUACAUUCCCAUCAGCAUGUUCAAUUUCCACUUUCCCCACACCCUUACCCACACUCAUUAUUUUCCUUUUUUUUUUUCAAUUAUAGCCAUCCCAGUUGGUGUGAAAUGGUGCAAAUGUGAUUCUCAACCUCUGACUUUUGAGGCUACAGGAAUAUCAAUUUCUAAAUAGCAAUAGUGUCUACUGAUCUGACUUUUCUGUCACAAAAUCUUCUAGCAAAUAGACAUUUGGACCAAGAUCCCUUUUUAUUUACAUAGCACCUAAAUGAUUUAAUUGCUUUGGACAAAAUUUAACAUGGGGAUGACAAAACACUGAUUUUUUCCUAUCUAUGUUAAAGUACAAAGAAUUUAUACUAUAAUGUUUUUAAUGUAAAGAUAUCUUAAAUGUCUCUCUUGAAAACCUAUAGAUUGAACUGUCUCAGAAAUAUGUGACUAAGAUAAUUACAAAUGUUCAAAAAUCUACCUGGGUUCACAGAUCUGUACCUCUGAAACAAAUAAUACAUUAUAUGUUAAUUUAA